GCGGGAACGUGGGUCCCUGAUGAGACAUAGAGUGCUAUACCGAGUUUUAAGUGCAUAGGCAUUUGUUGCCUGAAAGGAGAAAAGUUGGUUGUACAUUAGAACCGACUGGCACGGGUUCAUAGCCAGCCAGAUUUCAGGAAGAUAUAACUAUGAGAAGUUAUAUAAGCAGCGAGCGCGACAUGGGCACUAGCCUGCCAAGUAAAAAUGGUGGUUAAAUCCGACGAGUAGUCCCUUAGUUGUGGUUCUGUGGUUGCUGUAGCGGCAGAUGUUGGUUGGUGGGACGAUGGCCAGACAGGUGUUGUAUGUAUAUUUCCCUGCUAAAUUUGAUGUUGUCACUUACCAUCAGUUUUUUCAUUAGAGUAGCAUAUCUUCUGCUGAUGGCAAGUCUACGCAGGGUGGCUUCAUUGGAUGGGUCGUAACCCCCCAAAGCCCCGACCACAAAGGCGUCCAAGAAGGUGUCGUAGCCCUUGGAUUUGAAGAAGUCUGCUAGUGGUUUGUAUUUGUUGAUCUUCUUUUGACGGGCUAGGGUGAAGGCCUCAUCUCCGUUUUCAAAUGGAGUGGCCACGUCUAUGAAAGUUGCUGACUUUGUACGGUCGUUGAUUAUUGCGAAGUCUGGACGCAGGAUUGUUGGAAUUCAGGAAUCCUCUGGUUAAUAUACACCCGGGCGUCUUUCUUGUCGGUGGCGUUUACCAGGCGUUGGAGGAUAUUGUUAUGCCUUUUGGUGAUAUGGGCAAGGUUGCUUGGACAGUGGCAGAUGACAUGCGCCAAUGUCUCGUUGGUGUAGUGGCAGCGUCUACAACGCUUAAUGGGGUAGCCGAAGUGGAUGUGGCCUCGCAGAGGAACCACGCUUAGGCAGGCCCGGUGAACAAAUCGCCAGUCCGCAAAUUGGGUAUACUUACCGUCUCUCAUAAAAUGAUUACUUUCCCAACUGACAGCAGUUACCUUGUAAGCUUUCCCCUGGACCGGUUUUUGGAGAAGGGAGUUGAGGUGUUUGAUUCUCACCAGGUUGUUCAAGGCGCGGGAGCACGUUGUCUUCUUGACGAUGUUCUCAUUGACCGUCAGUAGUGGGCCCUCUUCUCCUGGUAUCCAUUCCAACUGCAUCCAUUUGCGUAGGCGUCGGCAUGCGGCACGCAGUCUCGUCCACAUCGACCUUAUGUCUGCCGCACGGCUGCCGAACUCUUCUUCGAGUGACCCAUUAAGAUAGUUGGCAACGUGAUUCGUUGAAAUAAACAAAUUUUUGUCGAGAGUUUCACAGGUGUGGAAAGUAGGAACUAAACGAACGUAACUUACUAGAAGAAUUUUUUGAAUUACAAAAAAAAAAAAAAACGUUAAAACAUUCGAUUUUUCCUACCGUCAGGAAUUAGGAAUUGAAGAUGUCUUCUCCAAAAUAUUUUGAAAAUGAAAUUAUUUGGAAAAGAGAAGAGAAUGAUGAUCAUAGUGACAUGUGGGAUGAUACUGCGUUAAUUGAAGCGUAUGAUAGAGCUGUCAGCCAUGUCAAAGAACAAAUUGCAAAAAGGAAUAAAGUUGUAUCUGACAGUGAUGGUAAAGCUAGCGUAACAAGUAGUCACAAAAGAAAGAAACGUGGAAGAUCAAAGAAUAAAACAACAUGGAAAGUUGGAGAUUACUGCCAGGCUAUUUAUUCAGAAGAUGGUCUUCCAUAUGAAGCCGUUAUUAAGCACAUAAACAAUGGAAUCUGUACAGUUCAGUUCCUUGGAUAUAAAAAUGAAGAGAAUAUAAAAAUAGAAAAUAUUUGCCAUUCAAAAGGAAAAGAAGCUAGAAUUCAACAAAAUAUAGCAGCACAGAAAUAUAAUGCUAAUUAUGAGCAUUCAGAUGAAAUGAAUUGCAAUUAUUAUGCAGAAGAUACAAGUUCAUCUGUAGGAACAAAUCAUAAACACUCGCAUGGAUACAAGAAUCAAAAUGGAAAAAAACAUUUUUUAACACAUCAGUAUCCAUUUCAUACUUCUGGACAGUCAUCAUAUUCAGGACCUGAUCAAUGUCAUACAAUACCUCCAAUGCCUCCUCCUCCAUUUCCCAUUGAAGAUAGUAUUGUAAAUGAAGAUGAAGCUUUAGCAUCUAUGUUGAUGUCAUGGUAUAUGAGUGGGUAUCAUACAGGCUAUUAUCAGGGACUUCGUCAAUCCCAAAUUAAUCCAUGCUCAUCUAAAUUAAACAAAAACUGUUCUUGUACUCAUUAGCAUCAUUCAUUUCAAUAAUCCUCAACAAAUUUUUCAUUAAAAUAAAAAAAAUUCGAAUUAUUGUGAAAUAUAAAUGUCUUAACAACAUACAGAAUAAGAAAUAAUAAUUAAAAAUUUAUUUUAUC